UCAAGAUACGCUUCAAAACUGAGCGCGAAGCAAAUCGACAGAUAACGCGAGGCUCAAGCGGCCUACGAAAGGCGCUAAGAGACCAACCACCACGUUGGCAUACAGAGCUGAGAAGCGGAGCAAGGAAGACGCGUUGGCUUGGGUCGGUCGUCAACGUUCGGGAGGCCAACAGCUGUCGGAAGGACCCGGUCGAGCGCCAAUGCAUCAGGGCACCUCUGAACUUGAAACUCUUCCGCUCCUAUCACCCAGCAGACGAACAAGAGCCUGUGAGAGCUAGCCUGCCGUCUUCGCUCUUGCAGUUCGUCGAGUGACGCAACACCAGCCAAACUGCAGCUGGAUUGAACCAGAGAGAGGAAGAGAUCGUACGUCAACAUGGAAGCGGCCGGAGCGCUAACGGAGACGCAGACGCAUUGCGUGUUUGUCUAUGGAACACUCAAAACGGGCGAGACGAACCACACGAUCCUGACGAACCCCGACAACGGCCGCUCAACGCUGGUUGGCCAGGCGAGGACACUCAAGAAGUGGCCGCUGGUACUCGUGUCCUCGUACGAGAUACCAUGUCUGCUGCCCUGCGAAGGCGUGGGCCACGAGAUAUGCGGUGAGGUUUACCAAGUGGAUGACCGGAUGUUGGACGUCCUCGACCGCCUCGAGUCGCACCCCGACUUCUACGUCAGGUCGCACGAAGACGUCAUGUUGCUGUCGCAGCCCAAGUCGACGGACCCGAACACAGAAGGAACAACACCGCGAUCCGAAGACUCAUCAUCGACAGAGGCCGGCGACAGGUGCAAAGCGUGGAUCUACUUCGUACGCAAAUUCGAGCUAGAACUGCUCUCUCUGCCGAAGGUGGCGCGCUACAGCCGGAAGCCGGGCAUCGAGUGGCCCGAGCUUAUAGGCAACAAGGAGCAAACGCAACGCUUCCUGAACAGCGCGCUUCAACACAUCGCCGCAAGCGACAGCUGCAGCAGCGGCUAGAACACGUAAAAAAAAUUCAGUGCCCUUUCACUCUGUGAAGAAGGGUGACCAGAGAAGCUGUGAAUGUGGAUCCCUUAAUAGCAAACUGCACCUCCACCGCGCGUCGGCCCGGUAUUGCACUAUCUUCGGGAUCGGUCCAUGUAUGGGGAGGGCUUAAAGCCUGCUUCACCUCUGCCGCAGGUCCGCCCGGCACUGCACUAUCUUCGGGAUAGGUCCACGUACGAAAAAUUGUUGGUCUAUGUCCACGGAGACAAAAUGCGCCAGAACCUAGCCAUAGACAGCUUCGCUGUAAAAAAUAGAAAAAAAGGACCUCAAUUGAACGUUCUACAGAAAGCCCGCACAGACUUUCUUCAACGUGGUUUAUAUAAUACCUACUAUCGAACGCCGUCACAAACAACGCCUGUAUACUACGAAGUGACGUGUAUCGUUUGUCCCACCUGACAUGUAUCAUGUAUAAAAAACGUCGACGCCUUCUGUGCGAAAUAAACCAAAUGUACGUUGUUAGCAAC